AUGUCUCCAGUAAUCGCCUCGGUGGCAUCCCAAGACAACCCCAGCCGUCAAAGAAGGAUACAUAUCAGUAGUAUCAAGCCCUACGUUUCACCGUUCGAGGACGAACCAACACCGGAAGCUACACCAGUAAAGCAACAUCACAAAGAGGUUGAACAGCAACAAUCGAGAGAUAAUAUUCGGGAACGAGCAGGAGCGAGUAACCGUCACACGCCUCUGCGCCAGCUACAAAGAACCUCCCAACGACUGGCUGACCGUCAUCGCCCUCCUAAUCGAUGCUCUGCAUUAGAGGGCCGCUACUGCAUCACAGAGGAACAUUUUCACGUGCAAGCUGAAAUGCGGCAAGAAUGCAAAUGCCAUGGAAUGUCUGGGUCUUGUACGGUAAAGACUUGUUGGAUGCGACUUGCAAGUUUCCGUGUAAUUGGCGAUAAUCUAAAAGAUCGAUUUGAUGGCGCUUCUCGCGUUAUGAUUAGUAAUAGUUUACGACAAAAUUUAAAUUCUGUAACAGGAAAUUCGCAAAAUUCAAACUCUGUUGUAGUAACUGGCAUCGCUUUAAGUCCCAAUACAGCAAACCCGAAGGCUUUUGCCGCUGAUCGUGUGUUAAGUGACCAUAUACCUGGGCGCAUAAUAAAAUCACAUCCAAAUAUUCCUCCACUGAACUCAUUAAGCAGCCAAAACAGUUUGUCCAGAAAUUCAGUACGAAGUCGAGGAAGUCGAGGAAGACAAGGAAAAAAGAAUAACAGGUUAGUAUUUCUGCGAGCAUACUUUUUUCAGUAA